AUUUUGACGGGAAGGUCGGUCACGUGACGCGCCGCGCGGGGGCAGCGGCGCGGGGGCCGCGGGCCGGCUAGACUCUCCAGUAGCCGAGCCAUCCGUCUGCUGCUUUGACUGCGGCCGGUCGCCGGAAUCCACGCCCCCGUCUCAGCCGCCCGCAUCUAUUACGUACCAUUUCGUUUAGCUUUUCGAGCGCAUUAACGACGCGAUUAGAGAAUACGAGAUCGCGAAGCGGACGAGCGACGUGUGCCACACGAAUAUAGAGUUCGAACGGCUCAUAAAUACGAAAUGUGAAGAGUUUAUUUGCGUAUUUUUGCACGGGUGUGCGUUCGGCGACGGGGCGGAGACGCCGGCGCGGGGCGCGCUCGCCCGGUCGCGACGGCUCACUCGCAGACAUGUCUCGGCCGCGGACGGAGCGCGGCGCGGCCGGCGCGACUCGCGCGGUAGUGUAACAUGCGCACAGCCCUCGUACCAUGGAUGUGGUGACUCCUCACAUAACGUCAGUGCUGAAGACGUACCAGGCGCACGCGCCGCGGAGCCUGCAGGGCCCGGGCGGGCAGGCGGGCCGGCCGGCGCGCAGCCCGCCGCCGCCGCCGCCGCAGCCCGCCGCGCCGCCCAUCCUGCUGGCGCCCGACCGGGUGCGCGGCGAGCGCGGCGAGACCCUCCUCGAGGGCGAGCCCAUCUCCUGCUUCAGCGUGGGCGGCGAGCGCCGCCUCUGCCUGCCGCAGAUCCUCACCUCCGUGCUCACGGACUUCACUUUGGAACAGAUUAAUAGAGUGUGUGAUGAGCUGCAGAUCUACUGCUCGCGCUGCACCCCGGAGCAGCUUCACGAGUUAAAAUCUACUAGUGUGUUGCCUCGCUCGGCGCCUUCCUGCGGUCUGAUCACGCAGACUGACGCGGAGCGGCUUUGUGCGGCUUUGCUUCAUACCCCGCAAGGCUCCCGGCCGCAUAAACUAUCUGGGUAUCGCGUCUACCAUGAGUGCUUCGGAGGCAGCCGCGGGGUGUUUUCGGCCGAGUUAAACCUAGUGCAAUGUUUGGAGUGCCGUGCUAUGUACAGUCCGCGCCGGUUCGUCUGCCAUUCGCACGCCACGGAGAACCGAACGUGCCACUGGGGUUUUGACUCUGCGCGGUGGCGGCGUUUCUUGCUAGUGGCAGAUGAGGAGCAGGAUAAGGAGAAGUGUGCGGCGUUGCUGGACGCUUUGGAUGUCGACGAGCCGCAGAUCGUCGUUCCUCUUAAGCACGCUUUGAAGCGAAAACAGGUCGUGGAGACGGUGGUCUGCAAGCCUGAGCCUCCAGAGUCACCGCCGAAGAAGGCACGAGGCGACGACUACGGCUACGCCCUCUACGUGGACCCCUACCUCCACUACAGAGCCCUCUCCGCCUUCCGACCCUGGGGCAAGCGGGAACCCGUCCUACAGCACCCGGAGCGCGUCGUCCGCGUCGCAGACUGCACCAGAUUCGAACGCGACUUCCAACCCAACGUGGCCCUCAAACCUCACACCCCGCCGGCCGACGACGUCACGUCUUCCACCUCCCCGCCCCCCCACUCCGAUCCCGAACUCGCCGCCAGGCUGCUGGACGCUGAAGCUAGGCUGGCCGAACUGGCCCGCCAGCUAGAUGAGAGAGAAACGGAGCUGAUACGCAGGGAAGCGCGCCUGGAUGCCAGAGAAGCCGAGCUCGCCAGACGUGAGAGCUUGGCCAAGCCCAGGCCUAGCGCUUCCCCGACCAAGGAGGACCCGCCCUGUUGACCGAAGACUGUCAUAACCAGGCUCUACUCCUACUGACGCGACGCGUCUCCAAAGUACAAAAGAUUCGCUUAAAUAAGCGCUUGUAAAUAUCCUUCUGGGACUGACCCGCUCUUUAUACUUUAUACUCUUACAUUUUUUGUAGGUACAGUAGUUGAGGCGGUUUACCACUGGACACUUUCUGAUGUACAUAUUCAUAUCAAGUACAGUUUUCUGAAGUUAUUUAAGUUAUUUUUGUACACUAUAUUGUACACUUGUAGUUUCUUCGUCGUGCCAUCUGCAAGGUACCUCUGCUACCUGGACCUCAAUCUGUGCUUUUUUCAAUAAUUAUCAGAAUACUCACAUAAAUAUAGUGAAAUAGAUUUAACAUUUACAACCAUAAGCAUAAUUUAUACAGGGUUAUUUUUAAAUUUAUUUGCAAUAGGUUCGUACGUUAAUAUUUAAAUAUUUUCAGUGUUGCCCACUCUCUGUCGCACCCGUGACAAAAUGGCGGAGCAUUCAGGUUUUAAAGUACACUACUGCUGAAACUACUGCUGAGAUUAACGUCUUUAUAUUUUUCUACGCUAAAUAACUCUGUAUAAAACCUCAAACCAUACCAAAUAAUAAUAAAAUAGUAAUCGCACUCAUACUAUAGUACCCUCACGAUAAAAACUUAAAUGAAGGUUGUAUGGAUAUAAUGGAGAUAAAAAGGACUCGACAAAAAUGUUUCUUCAGAAUCGUAAAGUUUUGUGAAAUAAUGUUGUGCCUGAUGCCUGAUGUCAGCUAUUUUAUACUUAAGUAGGAUAAGAUGUCUUUACUGUGCGAAUGAUGUUAUUUUAUCCAUACCAUUAGUUUAUUUUUUGCACACUGAUUCUUUCUGAUUUAAACUGAACGUUGCGUUAUCUUAUUUUUAAAGUGCUGGUAACAUUACAAUCAGUGCUUUCCCAUUUUUUUUUAUUUGAGGUCAAAUUGGCCUACGGCUUAUUUGUUUUUUAUUUAACAUCAUUCGCCCCGUGAGGGACUAAGCCUUACGCCGUACGGUAUAAGAGGCCAACAAAAUUUUAAACCUUUAAUAAGGGAACGAUCCCGCAUUCUACCUCAUUGUAAAUAAAAUUAUAUUUGGCUAAAAAUAAGGGAGAGCGUUGGUUAAUUCUUUUUAGAUUUAAAAUUGUUUUGAUUUGGAGCAAUAAUAAGUCACUGCCCGAGACAAAAUGUACAUUCAUUUAUAUAAAGAUUUUUAAGCCCUCGUAAGUUACUGUUUUGUAAAACGCGGUAACUUGGAGCGCCUUUUAAAAUUAUUGGUAAUUUUUCCAAUUUGUUAACUGAUUGCUGUUUUAUCUUAACAAAAAAGUGACGUUGUAACAAAACCACAUAUUUUAAGAAACGAAACCUACCUAUCUACGUAACGAAACAUAUUUGUUUAAAAAAUCUAGCGGGGUCAUCAUUUAAACCGAAGUGUAUGUCAUAGGACUUUUAGAAAUUGGUUACUUAUUCUGUAGCAUAUCUUAGUCUUUGACACAAUUUUUCAUCACCAUUGUCAUCAAUACACUUUGGAUUGAAAUUAUCACGAUGCCCCCUGGCGUAGGUAUUAUGGUCAAUCGUUCCUUGAUAACAUUUAUGGAUUUGUGAAGGGAACUGUCUUAAGUAAAUGUUUUUCUACAGCCAUUUUAUGGCCUUUGCCAGUAACAGUGCAUUUUUCUUUUAGACCAUAAAUAAUUUUACCUGCGGGUAAAAUUUUGUUACUUGUAAAUAUUUGUAUUUUAAAUAUUCAUGUACAUACAGUACGCAAUACGUGUGAAUCCCAUUUUUUAUGUAAUGGCAACAUUUAUAUUAGUGACUCUUGUUUUGUCUAUGACUUUAAGGACGUCUCAAAUUUAAAAAGGUACGAACUAACGUCUCGGCCGAGAGAUGGCGCGAAGCGCGAUGAAAAUUGUGUGUCAUUGUAUUUGUUAUACAUUUGGAAAGUGGAAUAAAAUUUCACUUUUUUUAAAAGUGAAUAUAAUUUUUUAUCUUUGGCAAAGCUCAAAUGCCACAAAUUGUGAAAACUUCUGAUUAUCUCUUCUUAUUAAAGAGUGCUAUGUUAAACAGUAGAGUAAGCUAAGUUUCAGUUGUAGGUUAGGCUAUAUCUCUAGUCAGAGACAUUUUGAGAAAAUAAUUACCAUUUUACUUAUUAAUAAUAUAUUAUUACCACAAGCGAGUGUAAUGAGAAUAACUUAUUGUUUAAAACAUAAAAUUAGGGUUAAUUUAGAUGCGGACUGUAUGUCGGUAUAUAUAAAUUAACUAAAGUAAGCUGUUGUACUGAAACUUUUCUGUCAGUACCGUUGUUAACGUUUUGGUGCUAUGAUAUUUUGGCUUGGCAAACUAAAUAGUUUUUAAUUGUAAAUAUAUUUUUAGUAUUUAUUGGCAACUAUUUCUUUUCUACUAAUUAGUUAUUGAAGUUUUUAAUGUAUUAUGAAAUUUCUAUCUGGGUUUUGCAAAUUUAAAAUUAAACAUGGCUUAGCCAUCGUCUGUGACUUAACCUAAAGUGUCGCUUUAAUUCGUAGCGUAGGUUGUAAUUUAUCCAUUGUAUCGAUGGAAAAGUUUCACAAACGGUCUCUCACUGUCUUGCUAUUGAGAAAUAUUUUAAUGGUGCUAAAUAACAAAUGUAUUCUUUUCUGGGAUAACUCUGAAGGUUGUUUUUUAAUUUCUUAACCUGUGUUAAACCUGAGCUAGGACAGUGAGAAACCUACGGUACAUGUAAAUAAGGUAUUAAUUAAGUACGAUUUGGUACGUAUGCCAGGCUGUUAAAUCUAAACUCUAGGGUAAGGCGCGAUAAAAACGAUUGUCUAUGGUUCUUUCGUUAUUGCCAUUCCUAUUAAUCUUGAUGUCAAUUUGGCGCCUAAAUACUCGCACAGUUGAUAGAUGGCAGUAGUAUCAUUGAAAUUGUAUUGAAAAUUAUCUGUGCGCAGAAAAAAAGAAAUGGCUUCUUGAAUGAAUUUACUCUAGUUUUAUUACUGGUAACAUUUAAAGCAAAAUUUAAAUAAGACGAAAGGAAAAGACAAAGUUUUUAUUGUGAUUGGUGAUUUGCCAGGGUAUAAAGUACUCCUGUGAUCUCAAUGAACGUGCGUUAACGAAAUACAUCCAUUUGUUAAAAAAAAUGUGAAAGUCGCAAUAUAAAAGUAAACAAAAGUAGAUAUGAACUGCUGUCAUUUUUAAUAGGUUGCCUUUGGGUUGAUUGGAAAUGCCGCAAAAUGACCAGCUAGAUUAGAAAACACAUCAUGAACGUCAUCAAAAAUUACUUUACCUAUCUUUGAAAUUUCUUUUAAUUUUCAAUAUUAUUUUUUAACUUUCCUUUACAUAUUUGUCCCAAUUAAUCCGCAACCCAAUGGUUGUCCGGAAGAAAUCGCCCUUUAGCGAUAAGACCCUGUUACUGCUUUUAAUUUGUGAUUUAUUUUAUUUUCUUAUGUUGUUGUGUGCAAUAUUGUUAUGUUAUAUUACAUAUUGUGUUUUCUAAAUGGCUUAAGAAUGAAGUCUUGUUCCGUGCCAAUAUUAUUUAGCUGGCAACAUUGUGUAGUUAUAUUAAAAAAAUACCACAAACCAUAAUUUGUCACCCAGUGACAGUCUAUGCACCACAUUGAGUAACAUUUUUUAUACUUUAUUGUAAAGUGGCAUUUGCAUCUUGAAUAAUCUAUACUGCUUUCGUCCUUGUGAACAUUAUUUUUCGAUUCAGCAUUAAAAUGACAGUAGAAUUUUUUAAUGGCACCCACGCUCUGGAACCAGGGCGUUUUGCCAGUUACAGUAGUAUAACAGUAUGCUUUUGCCUAAGCUUUAUUGUUAGGUCAUAAUUAAAAGUAAAACUAAGGGUACCGCGUUUGAAACGUUUUAAGAUUUGUCACUGCCUUGUUAAAUUUGUUGUUAUUAUGUGUAAAAGUUUUGAAACCCGUUCCUUUCAGUGAUGUAAUUCUUAAUACGUAAAAAUCGUUUUGACGGAAGUUAUCAAAAGCGAGUGACAGAAAUUUGAUAUUGUUUCGAUAUUGUAAAUUCAUCUUUGUCUGGCAAUUAUAGUUUAUGCAUUUCUUUUCUUUACGUGGCAAAAUUAUUAUGACGUCACCACAUCACACCACAAAGUGAUUUUUGGCAUACUUCAAUAUCAAAUUAACCAUAAUUGGUUAUGACUGUACCUAUAGUUGUAGCUGCAUUUUUUCCUACUAACACAGAUGAAUUUACAUUACACCAUCCGUGCGCUAUGCCUUAGCUUGUAUUGACAUAAGUCUACACUUCCGCAGGAAACUCAUCACACUUUCACGUCAUUUCUCCAGUUUUUAAUACCUAAUGCGGAAAAUCUUGCCCAGAUUCAAAUUAGUCCAAAUUGUAAAGGUUGUUGCUUUACUGGCUGUUUGGGCAGUUAUUGGUGGCACUUUUAUUUUUUCUUUUGUGCUAGCAACACUAACUGUCACUUGUAAUUAAGUUAGGUUUUUAUGAAGUAUUGUUUUGUAACUUGGGGUUUGUAGUGAACGAUUGCUAGAUGGCGCUAGUGUCAAAGUAAAAUUGGUAAAAAAAGAUUUAAAGGUUUAUUGUAAAAAAAUACUAGCGACAUCUAGUGACGGUUCUAAGUGUUAACCCUCGUUAGUUUUUAUAUUUAGAGACUGUAUCGGUAAAUUAUUUUAAAAUCGACUUUACGCCAGUCUGGUUAUGAACUGUGUGUGUUAAUCAGAAAAUUGUUUUGAACUCACUUAGAAAUCAUUUUCAUCAAUGGACAGUAAACUUGCCAUUAUAAAAGCAAUCUUAUUACUUAGACUUAAGUUUUAAGUUAGAACUUAAGCAAUAUUUGACCAUCUAUUUCACUGAUGCAAAUGAUUUCUAAUUCUAAAAUAGUUUCUCCCCGUAUCGUAAAUCUAAAAUAAAAACUAUGUAGCGGUGACAAAAUAUCGUAUAUGUAAAGUACCUGAUAGCUUAGAAGUUAAGGUGAAGACUCUGUUAUGCACACACAUGUCCGUAACAUGUGGUUUUGAAGUGUGUUUUUACCAGAAAAAAUGCUUAUAAAUACCUUGUGGAGCAAUAAAAUGAAAUGAUUUCCAAAA